AUGUAUGCGGUGAUUCUUGUUGUCAUGGCACUGUGCAUGUCUCUCUCUGAGGCGCUAACCAAAGACAUCAAUAUCUACUACUUUGAGGGAUUCUAUCUUUAUCUUUACGUCGGAACCAUAGCGUUUCUCAUUUACAUCUACGGAUUUCUGCUACGCGGUGGGGAAAAGGGAAUCCAGUUUCUCGCACCGGAUGACCUUCAAGACAACAGUCCAGAAGAAACCGUGUACAUCCGGCAUCGAACGACUCAAACCGCCCAUCAUACCGGAAGUCUCUACCUGCGCAUGGGAGCUAUCGGAUUCGGCAUCGGAGGGAUUAUCUAUAGCGCCCUGAAGCUCAGUGUGUUCGUAGAGAUGACAAGAUCGUCAGAAUGCUUCCUCCUUCUGAACGCACUCGUUCCCGUCAUGCACAUAUUUUUCACGUUCGGUCAGCUCUACUUCAUCUUCCACAACUCUAAGAACCCGAUAGAUUCCGCGAUUAUGGACACGUAUUAUCUCUACCCUGUCGAUUGCUUCAGGAAGAUGGUGAUGAUCAACGUUUCCCAGCAACUUUCGCCAUUUCUUUUCCCGUGCAUCAUAGAGUACAGCCUCAUCGUGUCCGGCAUCAUAUUCAUCAUGUGGAAAAACAUCGGGCAUGGCUCACCGGUGAAAGUCGGGGAAGCCGUGAAAGCUCCGACUAGUGGAAUUCGCAUCGACACUGACAAUGCCACUAAGGGACUCUUCCUCGGUCUGGUCGUAUUCGUUCUGACAGUUAUCAACAUCAUAAUAUUCAUCAUCAUGGUGAACGAGCAGGACUACAGACACAGCGCUGUCAUCGCAUCACAUUCGUUCGAGAUCGUUGCUUACCUGGUCGAUCUUGUCUGCAUCAUAAUGGGUUUAUUCCAGGAUUCAGAUAAUAAGCUGCACAGCGCCGCACACUCAACGAUGUUCAACAGCAUCAUCAUCAUCGUCGCCAACAUCAGCAAGGCCAUUCCAGGUAGUAGCCUGCAGGACCUCUUAAUCCUCCGUGCGUCGCGAGGAGGUUACUCGGACCCGGACGGAUUCUGA